AUGUUGAUAGGAAAAGUUGUUAAUUUUUAUUCAUUGUAUGAUAAUGAUAAGAAAAGGGAAAGAAUAAUUCAUUCCUUUUGGAAUUGGAUUCGGAUUAUAAAUAUAUCAAUAUAUAUUAUUAUUAAUAUAUAUAUGUCAAUUAAUGAAAAUGAUAUAAAUAGUAACUACGUAUUAGCAACAUGUAAUAAUAUAAAUUCAAGAAAUUUAUCUGAAGUAAUGAGAAAAAAUAAUUUAACCUUAAAUGAUAGAAAUUUAAGUAAUAAUAUAAAAGUUAAGAGUGACGAUUCGAAAUAUAAGAGAAGUAGUCAUAUUAGAAAAGAAGUACAUAAAGAUGAAAUAGAUGAAAAACAAAAGUUCAAUAAUAAAAACUUAGAGAAAACGAAUGAGAAGACAAAUAAAGAUUCAAUAAAAAACAUAAAUCACUAUAGAUUAUCUAAAAGUUUAACAAGAGAGGAAUUAUUCCAGGUUUUAAAUGAUAUUGAAGAAUUUCCAUCUCACGUAGAUCUUUUUAACAUAUGGAAUCAAACACUGCGUAUAAAUAGACACACAUUAGAUAUUUUAUUAGAACAGUUAACGUUGCAUUUAGAGAAGGAUUUAUGUCACUUUGAUUAUGGUACUCUUAGAGAUUAUGAAAGGUGUCAUGAUAUAUGGGGUUAUUCAGCGCAUCAUAUUUUAACUCUAACAUCUAUUAUUGAAAAGGAAUUUACAAAGAAUUUUCAUUUAUUAUUAAAAAAGAAAAUUUCAAAGAAUGAUUUUAGAAACUAUAUAUCUUCCUUUUUAGAGGAGUUUGAAAAAUUGUAUAUUGAAAUUUAUAUGAACUAUAAAAAUUAA